AUGAGGCAAGAAUUCUUCCUGGAAAAUAAGGAUACCGAGGACUUUGACUACACCAAGCACGGAAACGACCGACACAUCAAUGCAAACGACUCUGCACGUUCCGACAAGACUAUCGACACUGUCACGUUCAACAAUCGCAUGGACAUGGCUGCCGAGCUUGAACAGGUACAGAAUCAGUUGCAGAUGUCAGAGAUGCAAAACAAACACCUUAGAACU